ACCCAACCCAUAAUUCCGUUGAUCAAGUAGCCAUCUUGUGGCAGGCAGGCCGUUCUUGUUUCCUGUUUCCUUCUUUCAAGAAAUUGUAUAUUACGUUUUGUCAUAUAUUUGAUUUUGCACACAGAGGGUGAAAUAUUAGAGUGAUUAUGGCAGACAACGAUGAAAUAAUUUCAGAUGACGAAAAGAUCAGAAUUGUGUCAGACUUCAUCAAGCAUGCACCCCCUGGAGAAUUCAAUGAAGUUUUCAAUGAUUGCAGGGUUAUCCUUAAUAAUGAUGUUUUGCUUAAAGAGCACGGAAUAACAGCCUUUUCUCAUUACAACAUGGAACAGUUUACACCUUGCAAAGUGGAAGGUUCAGAGGACCAGGUUCUAAUAACAAAGCAUGGUCUGUUGCCCGACGGCACUUUCUUCGAUCCAAGAAGUAAACAAAAGUUUUCCUAUGAUCAUCUUAGAAAGGAGUCGAAAAAUGUUGAGCCGUAUGAAGUUGAAGGCAAAGCUGAAUCGUGGAGAUCUGCUGCAGAGUCUGAAAUUCUUUCUUAUGUCAAGAACCAUUACCCUCAUGGCAUUUGUACGGUGUAUGGCAAAGAUACAGAUGAUGGUAUCACAUUGACCAUUUGUAUAGAGGAUCACCAGUUCCAGCCAAAAAACUUCUGGAACGGGCGCUGGCGAGCCGAGUGGACUGUAACUGUGAAGCCUAAUGCUGCAUCCGAAUUGAAAGGUCUUAUUCGUGUGCAGGUUCACUACUACGAGGAUGGAAACGUGCAGCUCGUGUCUCAUAAGGAGGUCACUAAAGAACUCAAAACAACGGAUCCUUCAGCUACAGCAAAAGAGCUCAGAAAACUUAUCGAAAGCGCAGAGAGCGAAUAUCAGAAAGCCAUCGCUGAGAAUUAUGGUGUUAUGUCAGAAACUACUUUCAAGGCCCUGCGAAGGGUGUUGCCGUUGACACGAACGAGAAUCGACUGGAAUAAAAUUGUUAGCUAUAGAAUUGGACAAGAACUUGGUGAAAUAUAGCACAUCCAGACCGGAAUUUUGUUGCAGAUAUCUAUUGGCUAGUUGAUUAUUCUUUCAGUGACUUGAUUUGAUUCGCAGGAUUUUGAUGGGACUAUUUUUAUAUACAUCAAUUCAUCGGGAUUUCCAUAGCAACGUGCGUCGCGUACCUUUCCCUAACCAUCAAUUUGUUAAUGUAACAUUUGUUGUGUUGCUUUGUAAUUAUCAUUAGAUCUAUUCAGUUU